AUGAAGUUCCUCUGCCUCCCAGGGGCAUAUGGCAGUGCCAAGAACUUCCGCGUGCAACUCGGCCCUUUAGCCUCCGAACUUGAACGCCGCGGCCUCGCCUCCUUCGUCUACAGCCAAGGCACGCACGAAGUCGAACCACCGGCCGGGUGGGAGGACUAUUUCGGGACGCGACCUUUGUACCGAUUCCUUGACACACGCCAAGGGGACAAUUUUGACAACUUGCGCCGCAUCCGCUACGUGCCACACAGCAUGAACGCUGAGGACGCGAUGCGCAUGUUCCAGGACUGUGGUGGCGAGGGCGAGGACUGGCAUCAGCAGGUUUGGAGGGACGCGUUGGAUGGGGUUAUGAAGACGGUGGAUGAGAAUCCGGAGGUGGAUGCCAUUAUUGGGUAUUCCGAGGGGGCGAUGGUGGGUGCGAGUCUGGUGGUGGAGGAGGCGGAGCAGGAAAAGAGGACGGGGAGGAAGAGACGGAUUAAGUUCGCCGUCUUCAUAUCCGGCGCCCCGCCGCUAAAGUUUGAAGGCAAAGACCGCAUCGUUGCGCAGCUCGUGGACGAGGCGGGUGUUGUGAUUGACAUACCGACCUUCCAUAUCUUUGGCUGCGACGAUGCCUUCCUCAGCUCGGCCGUGGCCCUGUUCAAUGUGUGCGAGCCGUCCAAGGCCACGCUGUAUGACCACGGCCUGGGGCAUAUCGUGCCGCGGGACGCCGAGAAUGUCCGCAUGCUGGGCGAUAUCUUUGAGGAGUUGUUGCCCAAGAUUGCCAGUGAGCACGAGAAUCGUCGCGAAGCUGGCAUGGCUUGUUUAGGGGAUGGAAUGAAUGGUUGCGAGGUUGAGGGCACUACUAGUCAACCAUCUACCGACUUCACCUAA